CUACGAAUCACGUGACGAGGAACAUGUCUGCCCCCUGGCGUGGGAUUUCCCGGCACUGACACUCCCGUGAUGAUGCUGGAAGUGUCUGGUGGACUCCGUGCAGCAGGAAGUGGGAGUGUGGGACAGACGUGACUCUACGGCAGUAAUAUACAUUGACACCCAGGCCGGUGCUGGGGACGGGUGUGUUGUCCACUAGAGAGAGGAGCGCAGGAUGGCAGAGGGGGGCGCUGUCUCUCCGGUGGAAUGGACUCGGCUGGAGGCUGCUAUCAUAAAGGGCUUCAGACAGCUGAGAGACCGCUACCUGCAGAGUGUGAGAGGCCGGGCAGUGCGGGGAGCUGAGAGUGACAGCCCCGACCUGGGUUACAGUGACGGGCCACUGGACAGGCUGCCGGUUGAUAUGCAGUUGUACAUCAUGUCAUUUCUUUCACCACAAGACCUGUGCAUGCUCGGAGUAACAAACCAUUACUGGCAUUUAAUGGUUCAAGACCGCCUUCUCUGGAAAUACUUUCUGCUGCGAGAUGUUCUCUUGUGGUCUUCGAUUGAUUGCCAUAGCUUGCCGGAUUUAGAUAUCCUGAAAUCCUGCAUCUCUGAGUCAGCAGAGGGGAAAGAUCUCAAUUAUAUGUCUAUAUACUUACGGGGCUGCCCCAAAACCAGAAAGUCAAUGCAGCUCAGACGUCCCCUUUAUGGCGCAGUGACCUCCUUCCUGCAAUCGCUGGUCAUGCAGUCUGAGCCACGCUUUGCUAUGUUCGGUCCUGGUCUUGAGCAGCUGGAUGAUUCUUUGGUCACACGAAUGAUGACCUCCCCAGAUCUUUGCCCAGUUGUCAGCAUCCUACAAAGACAAAUUGAUGGCAUUGGUUCUGGUGUCACUUUCCAGCUCGACAACCAACACAAGUUUAACAUUUUAACCUUAUAUUCUACAACACGCACAGAACGAGAUAGAGCCCGUGCAGAGCAGAAUGACACAGUCAACAAGAUGUUCUUGCCGGAAGGUUCGAGAGAUGGUGAGCAGAGCGCCCUCUACAGUCUGAUCCCGCAAGUGAAGGAGGUUUGCAAAGUCGUGGAGGGUUUCAUCUACGUGGCCAAUGCUGAAGCAAAUAAAAAGCAUAAUCGUAAGGAAGAAGUAUCUAAGAUCCUGGCGAUGAUGGACCCUCUUAUGGGGCCACAGAGAAGACCGUUAUUGGUGUUAUCUUGUGUAUCAAACCCUGGAGACAAGAGAAUCCCCUGCGUUUACCUGGCUCAUGACUUGUGUCUGAACAAGCUAAAUCGGCCAUGGAUGGUGCAGGAUACUGAAGCUUCUACACUGGUCGGAUUAUUGGAUGGCAUUGAAUGGAUUCUUGCUGAAAUUGGGAAGAAAUGAAGACACAAUUAUGAAGUCUACUUUAAUGGUUUUAAAUUGAAUAUAUUGUUUACAGACACGUUUUCUAUAUGAAAAACAACUGUACAUUUUAUUUAACACCUACCUCCGGAUGUGCUGUAUUACAGGUUCCCUAUUUAAUUAGUCAUAACCUUUAAAGCUAUGUGAAUGUAUAUUUUACAUUUGUACAGGUUCUUUGUUUAUACAUAGUCACAUACAUUGGAGAUUAUAUAUUUUAUAAUUUUAUUCCUGGUUUUGAGGUGUAUUUUACUCCUUACAAAUAAUGUUGUCACUCAAAUGUCAGAUUAUAAUUCUGUUGUAACAUCUUUCUACAGUAUCUAAUGUAUAUUUAAAUAUAUCACAAGUAAAAGAUUCUAUUAUUA